AUGGCUACCGCGGUGCUGGAAGGAGGAGACCCCUCAAUCAGCAAUGGUCUACACGCGUCAACAAAUGGAAUGAUGGACCCUUUCAUCGAUUAUACACCUUCGGACCACCCUGCACAUGCCCACCGCUAUUCUGCACUCAUUGAUCCUGACGCAAUCACUUUGGGAGCAAGCACAUCACCCUCACAGGUCAAGCGCAGCUUGGAGGCGCAUAUCACCGAAACAGAGCGUCGUCUACAAGAUACCCAGAAGCUUGGUCAGUCCUUGUUGCAACAACAAGCAGAUUUACAAGAGAAGCUCCGCGAGGUCGAUCAGCAGCAAGGCGACGCCGAAAUCUCGCCCGAGUUGAGACGCAGACUGGCAGAUUUGGAGAAAGAACACAACGAUGUGGGAAAAGAAAUCGCCCGGGCUUUGCUAGGGCCCAAGUCACGCGCCGUCAGUGGAGAAGAAAAGCCCGGAGCGGAACCCUCAACCUUCUCGAGUCAAGCCACCGCCUCGCCAACGAAAGUCACCGCUCCAAGCAGACGACAGAGGAAUCAGCCCAGUAAUCGAGCUGGAGAUCUUCAAUUUGCUGCUGAUAUUAGCACGUCACUACUCGCCCAAGUUCGCCAGUUGCAAACUGCUGUUUCCGAACGCGAUGAACUUCUUAAACAGGCCAAUGCGGAGAGAGAUCGGCUGGAAAGGGAUACUUUGGUUUUUACCCAACGACUGAGGGCCCAUGAUGAAAACGAACAAAAAUACAAGGAUGAAAAUUGGAACCUCGAAACCCAAUCUCAUGAACUAAUGGCGGCUGCUCGUGAGGCCAAUGACCGUGAAAAGAAGCUCCAAGCAAGCCUGGCCGUGGCCCUUGCUGAGAAGAUUCGGUCUCAGACUGAGAUGGAUGAGCUCCGCUCACAACAUGGCAAGUUGUCAGAAGAUCACACAACGGCGAAAAAGGCACACGACUCGGAAAUUCACACUCUGAAAAGAACCAUUGACGUGGGUGAGAGCGAACGGGCAUCUCUACAGAGUAAACUUGACGAGCUGACAGCUCAGAACCAAGAGCUUGCUCAUGCUGUUGCUGCAAGGCUACGUAGUCAGAACCCUGAUGCCCAAAAUGUCCUCGGCAAUGAGCAUGAUGAGGAGUUCCGAGAUGUCGAUGCCCCAGAAGAUUCCCCUCCACCCUCUCCAACCAAGGCAACACCACGCCAUGGAGGCUUGGAAUCAGAGACCCUCCGAAGCUCGCUACAUCAUGCACAUAGAAUGAUUCAAAACCUCAAGAAUAACAUUCAUCGCGAAAAGACCGAAAAAAUCGAACUCAAGCGCAUGCUACAAGAUGCCCGAGAUGAACUAGAGCAACGUCGUGGUGACGGAGGCCUUGGCAGUGGGAGCAAGCGACCAAAAUCCAAAUCCGAUGCGUUCAAGAAGCCGCUACAUCCCAAUAUGCUCGGGAGCAGCAGGAGAUCUCGAACUGACAUUGAGCUCGAUGAGGAUGAUUGGGAGGACCAUAUUGCAGACACCCCGACUCAUGCUUCUAGUCAGCGAUUUCUUGCAGUUCCUAGUCAUGCUGGGGGAGGCAUCACGGACGCUAGUGAUGCGUAUCACACCGCGACCGAGAAUGAAAGCACUUUUGAGACUGCAGAUGAACGCCACACUACUGAAAGUGAAGAGUUCCAGACAGGUGCCGAGAGUAUGGCAGGUGAUAGCACCGAUGAUUUGACUGAAACCGAAGAGACUGCAUCGCUGUCUCAGCGGACUAGAGCUCCAAGAGGUCCAAGACCGACCCUCUCUUUCAAGCCCAUUGGUGAUAGACAUUCAUAUAUCAGCACUGCUUCUACGUCAGCAGGAGAAGACGACGAUGAUGAAGACCUGAAGACGCCAGUUGUCACUCAAACCCACAAAUUCCGCUUGAAGAAUGGUCGUCAAUCGAGGUUUUCGAGGGAAAAUACGCCUACUCAUCUUUACUCUGAAGGACCUAGUGCAGAUUCUCCAGCAACUGUGACCAGUGAGCGUAGCCCGCCAGCUGCUGAACAGAGUCUUUUCGCGGAAUUGGGCGGAUACGAGGAGAGUUCGAAUUUUGGAACUCCUGGCAGAUCCAGCAUAACCUCCGUUACAUCUACACCAGGCGUCCCUGCUAUUACUCCAAGCAGGCAGAGCACUCUUGACACCCCGCUGCUCACCGGCAAGAACAUUCUGGUGGUUGACUCGGGGACAAUGACGGAACCAUGGCAACCUGAGGCGACACCAGAUCUAGCCUCGGGUGCGGUGCUUACGGAAGAAAGAGGCACAAGUGCUCCAUCUUCACCUCACUUUUCCAAGGCAGCUUCAGCCGAACACACUAAAUCAUACUCACCUUCACCACUCGACUUCCCCUUACCCCCCACUCUUCCCAAUUCACCUAUUAGAAACAUUGAUAAUGGGACACAAUGGACUCCGCAGAGAACUCUUCCAGAAAGUCCGAUCAGAAACACUGCCUUUAUCACUCCGCCGAAGACUGUUUGGGAUGAAGAGCGAGACCCAGAACCAACGCUAUCUGAAAUUGACAGAACUAACGUUGCACAACCUCCACAACCGUUUGGCUUCUCAAAUCUGCUGAUGCACGGCACUGAGCCACUUUCACCAGAAAAGGCGCUCCAAGUACCAGCACCAGUACCAGCAUUUGAGAAUUUCUCAUUCUCAUCCAUCUACACCCAGAUGACAGAGCCAAUCGAGCCACCGGUUCAGACACCGGUCAAGCCUAAGUCAAAUACAUUCGCUUCUGUGUCUACCCAAGUGGAGGACAGCCCUAGCCGUCCCCGUACCGCUCAGAAAGCCGGCGUGAGUGGGCUCCUUGCGUCGACAGCUGCUGCACUAGGGUUUGCUGCCUCGAAAGACACAAAGGGCCCAUCGAUCAUGGAAGACGAGACGAGCGAGCAAGAGCCACGUGCAGUCGCAUCUGACAUUGGUCAUAGGAAGCCCCUAAGUGAUGUCUCUGGUAAUUCUGCGGCCAGCAAGCCGAAAACAUCGCUGGAAUCCGAGAAGACUCACCAAAACACCGUCCUGGUCCACUCCUCCAGCAACGAUCAAGCCUCACAGACGCUCCUUAGCGCCGAAGAGAUAGAGAAAGCCUUACAAAACAGGACCAGCACGGCCGUACCAGCGCCUAUUGUAGUACCAACGCCUGCUGCCAUCAGCAAGCCCAAGGAACUAACCCCUAUAUCCACCCAAGCACUUGAUCGGGACUCAUUUUCGGCAUUCCCUUUCCCUUCACCAAUCAAACGUCCUUCUAGCGCGUCGAGCCAGAGACUGUCUAGUGCCAACUCCAAUCAUCCCCCCCUACCUCUUGAUCACCGAGAAGUGAUUGCCAAAGCAAGUAGCAGAGUUGCAUCGCCAACCCGCGAAAGCAGUCAACCCAACCAAGCAACAACUCUCAUGGGGCCACCGGCAUUUCCCGCCUCAGCUAUGCGGCGACCAAAGACACCUGGGGACUCUGUUCGAUCUCCUACUCGUGAGAGCAACACCGUACGAACAUCCAAUGUUACUCGCCAGAAUCGGGGAACGAUUACAUCGCAGAUGUCGCGUCGCUCAUCAGUGUCUUCCUUUGCCUCGGAGAUCGAUGUCCGCUUCAAUACCCCAGGCAAUCCACAAGUCGCAACACAUGGCUUCGGCACUGACCCGAGAAUCAUUCAGGCUAUUACCCAAACUAUGAUCGGAGAGUUUUUAUGGAAGUAUACUCGAAAAGCAGGUCGGGCGGAGAUGUCUGAAACACGCCAUCGUAGAUAUUUCUGGGUCCAUCCUUACACGAAGACUCUCUACUGGUCUGAUCAAGAUCCCCAGACAGCUGGCAGAAGUGAACUGAAAGCAAAGAGUGUUUUGAUUGAAAGCGUUCAGGUGGUCAACGAUGACAAUCCCAUGCCACCCGGCUUGCACCGCAAAAGUCUUGAAGUCGUAACCCCAGGUCGUCGGGUAAGGUUCACAGCAAGUACUGGCCAAAGACAUGAAACGUGGUUGAAUGCUUUGAAGUAUUUGCUAGUGCGCAAUGAGGAACAAAAUGGCGAGAGCUACACUGCUGGAGGAAAUGAGAUAACGCGAGAUGAUGUGAACGAGUUCAAUGUCAAUGGAGCUGGCUAUGGGGCCAAACUGGUGCGGGACGGGAGUCGAAUGAGCCUGUCCAGCUACAACUCGAGGACAACUCGAGGGUCAAUGGCCCAGGCUCAGACUCUUCCACCUGGUAUUGCAGUCAGCAGCACUUCCACACGCGACCCACAAGAUUCCACAGCCAGCCGCACGGCACCUAACUCUGCAUUACGAAGAAGUCGUUCCGAUCAAACUCAGGAUGGUGACAAAGACCGGACUUUGAGAGCAAGUAGCGUGAGUCGGUUUUCUCGCAUGAUUGGUUCGGUAACGGGAAGAACACCUCGAGCCUCUGAAGGCACGGCCACUCCUGGCGGAGCUGCUAGUGAAGGUGCAAGCAUUUACGAUGCAAGUGUCGUUAGUGAUGGUCGGAAGGAUUCAGCAGAAGAACUUCGAAGAGAGAUGUUGAGACAGGAACAAAUUGGCUUUGGAGGUCUGGAGAAUGUCCGAGCAUGUUGUGAUGGUAAGCCAACUCAUAUCGAAUGGCCUCCUGCUCAGAAAACACCUUUUACUAACCAAAACCCGAAUAGGCAAGCAUGA